AGAGUUCCGUCACUUCGUCCUCAUCCCGUGCCGAAAAUAAUCUGAUAUCGACAUCCGAUAUCAGAUUAGAGCUGGCGCGACUUCCUCCUCCUUUCCGCCGGGACGCCGAUGGAUGUUGGAGGUGGAGGAGGAGAGAGAGGAAGCUGGGUGAAUGAGAAGUGCAUUGCGGUGAGGGCAUCCACGAAGACCAUGCUCUUCUCCGCCUCAUUCUCUCACAGCUGACACAGGCGGAUCGUGUGGCCUUUAGUCAACAAGAAAAGGACUUCUUCGCGUGACCUACGUGCAGCUUUGUAUCCUUACUCCGGGUCAUUUCCUCCGCGGGGACAAAUCCGACUUGGAUGCCAACGAAUGUUGAAGCCUUGGCUGCAAUUUUCAUGAGUUGGAGGUGGGGGGGGAUGAGGAGGAGCAGGGCGAACGAGAGAUGUAUUGUGGUGAGGGCAUCAAUGGAGACCAUGCUCUUCUCCGCCUCCACUUCCUUCAUCCUCCUUCUCUCACAGGUCGCACAUGGGGUCUGGAUCCCUCAGGAAUAUUCAGCAUCAACUUGGACGGCAGAUUUCGGGAAGUUCCUCGCACAGUUGAUCCAGGCUGAGGGCUCUCAUGGCGUCAUCGUCUUGUUCGACUACCAGUCCUACAGUGAGGGAGACAGACGGAUUCUGUUGGAUGCCCUGCAGGAGAAGCCCAUAACAGUUCUGGUUUACGGAUUGAGAGACGAAGACAGCAUGCAAUCGUUUCUAUCGACGAUGGAGGCGGCGAAGGACCAGACAUUCAAGCAUUACGGGGUCCUGGUCGUCACAAGGGACCAGCAACUCGGAACUUCUCUUCUAGAUACGAUCCGGACGAAGGACCUCAUCAGGCGGGGAUUCCUCUACAUUUUCACGGAGCCACUGGAGGAGGAGAUGAGAAGCUAUCGGAUCGUCAUCGAGCCCAUGCGGAUCGUCUUUCUUCGACGACGGGAUCCCCGCACCCUUUCUCCGAGCGGUGCCAAGUCAUUGCACGUGAGCGUGUACUACAACCAGGCGUGUCCUUCGCCGUGUCCUCGUCCAGUGAAGGUGAACGAUUGGUCCAUCCACCGGGGAUUCUCUUCUCUCCCUCCUCUGCCUCGACCUGAGGACGUCUAUCGGAACUUCCAGGGCCGGACUUUUCAUCUUCCUGUCAUUCAAAAUGUCUGCCCUGACAAAGUUCCAUUAUCCCACUUUCAUCAUUCAACUCCAGCGAUGGCUCAGAGUUUUCUCAUUCGCACAUUUCUUCUGCAGCUGGGUCCUAUUCGAAAAGGAGAAGACAAGAGGGACUAUGAGUGGUUUCUGGACGACACGAGCAUGACGGAUGGUAGAAGCAUCGCAGUUGAAUUUUCCUUUCCGACGCUGCAAGGGCUUAACGGUUACAUAAGCAGGGCCCCUCCACCCGAAGACCCGCUCUUCUUUGAAGUCACUGGCAUUGCUUUACCGGGCUGGACGCUGCUCCUAUUUGCUGGUUUGUUGAUCACCGUCGCUCACGCCGGUCUUCAAUGGGCCGCUGGGGAGGGAAAGGAUGUCCUGUGGAGGGCUUUCUUCGCUGCCUUUGGAGGAUUUCUUCAACAAGGUAUCCCCGGUCGAGUCUUCAUGGCUUUUUUCCUCUCCUACACCUUGAUUAUGGGCACCCUGAUAAGAGCCAGCCUCGUUUCUUUCUAUACCAAUCCCGGAAAAGUCAAGCCAAUGGAGACCUUAAUCGAACUGGAUGAAGCUAUGGGGCGAGGGGAUGCGAAAGCCAUCGUUGUCCGCGACAGCUCCUCUUCUGGAAUAUUCGAAAUAGGAACGGAGGUGUACGCGAGCAUCUUCCACAAGAUGCAGCGGCAGAAAGGAGGUUACACGGUGGAAAGCAUCGAAGAUUGCAUACAGGGCGUCCUCUCCCCUUCGGAUGGCAUCCCCACAGUGUGCAGUGAGGGACGCAUAGCUCUCAACUACUUCGCUGCUCAGAUCAACGCCGGAAAGGAACGGGAAGUCCUUCACGUGAAUGCGGAAGAGUUCUUCGUCAAGUAUAAAGCGAUCGCUAUGCAAUGGGGCGCCGCUUAUCUUGAUGCUUUCGACAAAAUCCUCGCCCGAAUGUGGGAAGCGGGGAUAAUGUACAAGCUGACGGACGACGAAUUCAAGAGGCAGGAGCUCCAACUGGGGAUCCAGCACACGGAGAGUGGAGAGGCCCACGAGAAGCGAAGGACCUUCACCCUCCAGAGGAUGUCCAGCGCGUUCUUUCUUCUUUUCGCCGGAAUCUUCAUUGCCGGCAUAGACGAAUCCGUCCUGGAAAGGCCAAUUUUGGAAACCCAGCUGCACUUCCAACGCAGUGGAGGCGGACGAGAGGUGCAUUGCGGCGCGGGCAUGGAGACCAUGCUCUUCUCCGCCUCCUUCAUCCUCCUCCUUUCCCUCCCACAGGUUUCCCAUGGGAUCUGGAUCCCUCCCAUCGAGGAACAUCCAGCACCUACUUUGACGGCGGAUUUCGGGAAGUUCCUCGCUCAGUUCUUCCUGGCCGAGGGCUUUCGUUGCGCCAUCGUCUUGUUCGACUACCAGUCCUACAGUGAUCGAGACAGACAAACAUUGUUGGGGGCUCUGCAAGAGAAGCCCAUAACGAUUCUACUCUUCAACUUGAGGGACGAGGAUAGCAUGCAAUCGUUUCUGUUGACGAUGGAGGCGUCGAAGCGGGAGACGUUCAGACAUUACGGGAUCCUGGUCGUGACGCGGGACCAACAACUCGGAAUCUCUCUUCUCAAAACGAUCCGGGCGGAGGAUCUCAUCAGGCGGGGAUUCCUCUACGUUUUCACGGAGCCACUGGAGGAGGAGAUGAGAAGAUAUCGGAUCACGAUCGAGCCCAUGCGGAUCGUCUUUCUUCAAUGGGCUUUCCUCACUCAUUCUCCGAGGACCCCCAAUCGAUUCCCAUCAAACCUGCACGUGAGCGUGUACUACAACCAGGCGUGUCCUUCACCGUGUCCUCGUCCAGUGAAGGUGAACGAUUGGUCCAUCCACCGGGGAUUCUCUUCUCUCCCUCCUCUGCCUCGACCUGAGGACGUCUUUCGGGACUUCCAGGGCCGGACUUUUCGCCUUCCUCUCCUUCGAGCCUUCUUCAUUCAUCUCCAGCGAUGGCUUAGAGUUUUCUCAUUCGGGCAUUUCUUCUACAGCUGGGUCCUUUUCGAAAAUGAGAGGAUAAAAGGAUCUGAAUUCGUGAACGGAACUUUCCCCGGUGUGCUCGGUCGCAUCAUGAACAGGGACUACGAGUGGUUUCUGGACGACACGACCGUUACGUAUGAGAGGAACAUAGCCGUGGAAUUUUCCUUUCCGACGCUGCAAGGGCUUAACGGUUACAUAAGCAGGGCCCCUCCACCCGAAGACCCAGCCUUCUUCGAAGUCACUGGAAUUGCUUCACCGGGCUGGACGCUCCUACUAUUUUCCGUUUUAUUGGUCGCUGUCGCUCACGCCGGUCUUCAAUGGGCCGCUGGGGAGAGAAAGGAUGUCCUGUGGAGAGCCUUCUUCGCUGCCUUUGGAGGAUUUCUUCAACAAGAUAGCGUCCCGGUGCCCCAUGGGAAUCCCGGUCGAGUCCUCAUGGCUUGUUUCUUCUCCUAUACUCUGAUUAUGGGUACCCUGAUAAGAGCCAGCCUCGUUUCUUUCUACAGCGAUCCGGGAAAAGUCCAGCCAAUGGAGACCUUAGCAGAACUGGAUGAAGCUAUGGGGGGAGGGGAUGUGAAAGCCAUUGUUGUCGAGGAGAGCUCUACUUCCGAAUUCUUCGUCACAGGAACAGGGGUGUACGCGAGCAUCUUCCACAAGAUGCUGCUGCAGAAAGGAGGUUACACAGUGGAAAACAUCGAAGAUUGCAUCCAGGGCGUCCUCUCCCCUUCGGAUGGCAUCCCCACAGUGUGCAGUGAGGGACGCAUAGCUCUCAACUAUUUCGCUGCUCAGGUCAAUGCCGGAAAGGGUGAAGGAGAGAGACAGAUGCUGUUGGACACUCUGCAGGAAAAGCCCAUAUCAACACUAGUCUUCGGAUUGAGAGACGACGAUAGCAUGCAAUCGUUUCUGGCGAUGAUGGAGGCAUCGAAACGGGUGACGUUCGGAUAUUACGGGAUCCUGAUCGUGUCACGGGACCAACAACUCGGAACCUCUCUUCUCAAAACGGUCGUUGCCUUUCCCCUGCACGUGAGCGUGUACUACAACCAGGCGUGUCCUUCGCCAUGUCCUCGUCCAGUGAAAGUGAACGAUUGGUCCAUCCACCUGGGAUUCUCUUCUCUACCUCCUCUGCCUCGACCCGAGAGUGCCUAUCGGGACCUUCAGGGCCGCACUUUUCGCCUUCCUGUCAUUCAAGACUACGAGUGGUUUCUGGACGACACGACUACGAUGUACGAGAGGAGCAUUGCUGUGGAAUUUUCCUUUCCGACGCUGCAAGGGCUUAACGGCUACGUAACAAGGGCCCCUCCACCCGAGGACCCACCCUUCUUUGAAAUUUACGGAAUAUCAACACCGGGCUGGACGCUACUGCUAUUCGCUGGUAUCGUGAUCUUUAUCGCUCAUGCGGGCCUUCAAUGGGCAGCAGGGGAGAGAAAGGAUGUCAUGUGGAGGGCCUUCUACGCUGCCUUUGGAGGAUUUUCUCAACAAGAUAGCGUUCCGGUGCCCCCUGGGAAUUCGGGCCGAGUUCUCAUGGUGUUUUUCCUCUCCUACUUCUUGAUCAUGGGGACCUUGAUGAGGGCCAGUCUCGUCUCCUUUUACUCGGACAAAGGGAAAAUGAACGCGAUGGAGACUCUGGACGAACUGGAUGAGGCUCUAGGGCGAGGGGAUGUGAAGGCCAUCGUUGUUAGGGGAAGCUCCACUUACGCGAUAUUUGCUACAGGAACGGAGGUGUACGCAAGCAUCUUCGACAAGAUGCAACGGCAGAGCAGCGGUUACAUUGUGGACAACAUCGAAAAAUGCGUCCAGGCGGUCCUCACACCUUCGGAUGGCAUCCCUGCAGUUUGCAUCGAGGGACGCAUUGCUCUUGACUAUUUCGCGGAGAAGAUCAAUGCUGGAAAGGAGUGGGAAGUCCUUCACGUGAACGCGGACAAGUUCUUCGUCAAGUAUAAAGGGGUCGCCAUGCAGUGGGGUUCGGCUUAUCUUCCUGCUUUCGACAAAAUGCGUGGUGUUUGUGGAGGAAUUGCCGGUGUCUUGCUGGGAUCUGAGCUACGAAUGCUCUCUGCUCUAUCGCAGUAUCAAAGCCUCCUGUGCAGUGUAAGCAAGAGCCAACCAGGAUCAAGAAUCCGGAUCUGGAUCCCUCCCAUCGAGGAACAUCCAGCACCUACUUUGACGGCGGAUUUCGGGAAGUUCCUCGUUCAGUUCUUCCUGGCCGAGGGCUUUCGUUGCGUCAUCGUCUUGUUCGACUACCAGUCCUACAGUUAG